AUCAAGGGGCGCUCAGGCAGGGACCAUGGCGGACGGCGGCUCGGAGCGGGCAGAUGGGCGCAUCGUCAAGAUGGAGGUGGACUACAGCGCCACGGUGGACCAGCGUCUGCCCGAGUGCGAGAAGCUGGCCAAGGAAGGAAGACUUCAAGAAGUCAUUGAAACUCUUCUCUCUUUGGAAAAACAGACCCGUACUGCUUCUGAUAUGGUGUCUACCUCCCGUAUCUUAGUUGCAGUAGUGAAGAUGUGCUAUGAGGCUAAAGAAUGGGAUUUACUUAAUGAAAAUAUUAUGCUUUUGUCAAAAAGGCGGAGUCAGUUAAAACAAGUGAGCUGUUGCAAAAUGGUACAGCAGUGCUGUACUUACGUCGAGGAAAUCACAGAUCUUCCAAUCAAGCUUCGAUUAAUCGAUACUCUACGAAUGGUGACAGAAGGAAAGAUUUAUGUUGAAAUAGAGCGUGCUCGACUGACUAAAACAUUAGCAACUAUAAAAGAACAAAAUGGUGAUGUGAAGGAGGCAGCCUCCAUUUUACAAGAAUUACAGGUGGAAACCUACGGGUCAAUGGAAAAGAAAGAGCGAGUGGAAUUUAUUUUGGAGCAAAUGAGGCUCUGCCUAGCUGUGAAGGAUUAUAUUCGCACACAAAUCAUCAGCAAGAAAAUUAAUACCAAGUUUUUCCAGGAAGAAAAUACAGAGAAAUUAAAGUUGAAAUACUAUAACUUAAUGAUUCAACUGGAUCAGCAUGAGGGCUCCUAUUUGUCUAUUUGUAAGCACUACAGAGCAAUAUAUGACACUCCUUGUAUACAAGCAGAAAGUGAAAAGUGGCAACAGGCUCUGAAAAGUGUUGUCCUUUAUGUUAUCUUGGCUCCUUUUGACAACGAACAAUCAGAUUUGGUUCAUCGAAUAAGUGGUGAUAAGAAGUUAGAAGAAAUUCCUAAAUACAAGGAUCUUUUAAAACUUUUUACCACAAUGGAGUUGAUGCGUUGGUCCACACUUGUUGAAGACUAUGGAAUGGAAUUAAGAAAAGGUUCUUUGGAGAGUCCGGCAACUGAUGUUUUUGGCUAUACAGAGGAAGGUGAAAAAAGGUGGAAAGACUUGAAGAACAGAGUUGUUGAACAUGUAAGAAUCUGGCAUGAGAACAAUGACAGUUUAGAAGUAAACUUUGAGCAGAAACUGUUUUACUUUUCAGAAGCCGGGCUCACGCCGCCAUUGCUCAUCGGGCUUGACCGUGUGCGCUCUGGCUCACCAGCCGGAGAACGGGGAUCUGCCGCAGACCUGGCAGUUGGUGGAGGAGGAGAGUAA